GUGCGCGCGGCCCGGGGUUUUUUUUCCGCCUUAAUAUCCACGUCCUAAUUUCCAACGUGUUUGUUAGCAGCAGAGUUUUGUCGAAAGCACCCGUCGGAAACUGCAGGCUGCGUUGGCACACACUGAUGGCGAACAGGCGAGGCUUUCAGUUGUAGGAUGGAUCCAGACAGUGGGGUAGAACCACAGAAAGCUGUCAGUUUGCAGUGGAAGAGCUACAAACUUGUCCAGGACCCUGCCAUCCGGCGGGAUACACAGAAAAUUUAUAGAUACGAUGGAGUGCAUUUUAGUGUGCCAGACUCUGGAUUUAAUCCAGUUGGUGAACUGCGGGACCCAAGACCACGCAGGUUAUGGUCCAGGUACACAGAGCUGUCUCUGCCGGUGCCCAAAUUUAAGCUUGAUGAAUUCUACGUGGGUCCCAUACCGCUUAAAGAGGUGACCUUUGCUCGGCUCAAUGACAACAUCAAGGAGCCCUUUUUGACAGAAAUGUGUGCCAAGUUUGGUGAGGUGGAGGAGAUGGAGAUUCUGUUUCAUCCCAAGACGAAGAAGCACUUAGGUUUGGCCAGAGUAUUGUUCACAAGCACCAGAGGAGCAAAGGACACAGUCAAGCAUCUGCACAACACAUCUGUAAUGGGCAAUAUCAUUCAUGCUCAGCUGGAUAUAAAAGGCCAGCAGAGACACAAGUAUUAUGACCUGAUCGUGAACGGGUCCUACACUCCUCAGACCGUACCCCUCGGAGGCAAGGCUUUAACAGACAGGCUGCAGCCUCAAACCCCAGCACAACCAGACACGUCAUCAGAUAUCAGACGGAGGCUCUCCAAUGAGCUUGCAGUUCUGGCAGCAGGGGUGCAGGCCCUCACAUCAGGAAACGUCACCCCUUGCUCAGUAGACACCAGCUACAGUGAUCGUCUAGACACGCCCCCCUCUACAAUGGCAGGGCCCUACACUCCAGGCUCCUCCACAUCCUCUCAGGGUGGUGGGACACCUUGCAGCUCCAGAUCUGGGACUCCUUUCUCACAAGACUCUGGCUACUCCGGUGCAAGGCAUACUGUUUUCAACACUGGUACUUUGGCCAGUAGCUAUCCUCCCCAGGAAAUGCUACCAUCCUCUUCCACCUCAUCUGUCGUCUCAUCCACUGUCGGAGGAUACAAAGUGUCUCGAUACUCUGAGGAUGCACAGGAGGCCUCAGUGUACCAUCGUGGUCAACCUAUGUACUCCUUAAAAACAUCGUUCCGUCCCAAUGAACCAUCAUGCUAUCCCCCAUACCAUGGUAUUGGGGGGCCUGGGACGCAUAUGAUGCACCACUCCUCAAUGCCUCCACCCCCAAUUGGUACCCAAUAUGACCAGCCAUCAAUGUCAGAAAGAGAUAGGGAGCGUGAUAGAGACUUAAGUGGGCGUUACGGUACGGGAGCAGUUGGCUCAAGAAGGUCAUCCUACCACCACCAGCAGGAUACAAAUUCUUCCUCCAAGUACCAUUCCCAUCACUCUCACCACCACUCAGAUCGCAGGGAUGACCGGGGUUACCGGCGGGAUAGCGUGGGCUCCCGGUCUGGUGACCAUCAGAGACACCGCAACCACCACCAUUCUCACAACCACCACAGCAGCAAUCGUCGGCGGAGCAGCCAUGACCGGGACAGAGACAGAGAUCGAGACAGAGAUGGGGACUACUUGAAUAGCUCUGACCCCAGGUACAAUUCCGGUUCCUAUCGCUCUUCCUCAAACAGCAUGUCUCCACCCCCCUCGUCGUACUCUGCUUACGCCGCCAAAGAGUCGGUGCCAGCACCUCCUCAGGGGCUGGAUGGUUCCUCUUGCCUAGGGGCCCCUGUGGAAAAGGGCUCUCUGCCAAGGGUAGCUGUGGACAAAGACUACCACGCUACUCACCAUAGUGUUGUGCCACCUCCCCCUCCAGCGCCACCUCCCCUCCCGCCAGCCUCUGUAAUUGCAGCGGCUGUAGCUGAGACACUUGGAACUCUGGAUUUCAACCAGGACAGUCCAGCCCGUGAAGACCAGUGGUCAAAGUCCAAACGCCGUCCGAGCACUCCACCUGCACCACCGAAGACGCCCCCACCUUCUUCCCCACCCCAGCCUUCUAUCACCUCCUCCUCUGCCUCCCCUUCCUCUACUUCCCUUCCCCACCACCUCCCUUCUUCCUCCAGCUCUCAUCCACCCCCCAAACGUGACUCCUCUCCGGAGCCCGAUUCAACUAAUGAGAGUUUACCAUUUGUUUAUCACAGCAGCAGCCUUGACUCUCGUAUUGAAAUGCUCCUGAAGGAGCAGAAGGCUAAAUUCUCUUUCCUGGCCUCUGACGAGGAAGAUGAGGACAGGAAAGAGGCCAAACAGAAAGGUGCACUUAGGAGUAGAGGAGAGCAAAAAAGCAUGGCGGCUAGCACAAAGGGGGGGCGCACAAGUGUUAAUCACACGGGAGACAUUGUGGGUAAGGACCACAAAAAGAAGGUGGACAGAGAAGACCAAAGAGGAAGAAAAGAGGCAAAUGUGGAAGAAGGCAGGAAGAGUCCCACGGGAAUUACAACAUCCACACCUUCCUCUUCCACUUACUCCCCCCAAAUCCGGCCCCUGGAGGACACCCAGAACCUGGCUGGACUUGCUGUGUCUGGGACUUUACAGAACGAAUCUUCACAAGUUGGAUCUGCUGACAUACCUAUCAGGACAGGAGCGCAUACACCGCCGUACAACGGACAGAGUCAGUCUUCCCCUCAUUCGUCCGGGGAAGACAUGGACAUCUCGGAAGAGGAGGAGGUGGAGACUACCAUAACAGCAGUGACCACCCAUCAGCCCUCUGCCUCCUCUGCUUCACCAUCUUCAUCCCAGGUGGCCCCGCCUUCGCAAGCAGCAGACCCUUCGUCGUCGCCCUCGCCCAUCACUGACUCUGCACAGCACUUUAACACCUCCCUUCACCCUCCCAUCCCCUCAUAUCCUCCUCAUUUGCCUCCUCCACCUCCCCCUGGUUACUCUCUGCAGCCUCCGCCUCCACCAGGUAUCCCUCCAUUGCCGCACUUGGAGCUGCACCCAGAGUAUCCCCCUCAAGUGCCCCACCACAUGUAUGACUAUGCCUCUUCUAUGGAGUUGAUGAAUCAGUAUAGCGGUGGAGCGCCCAUGUCCUUCCAGAUGCAGACCCACAUGCUGAGUCGAAUUCACCAGCUGCGCAUGGCAUCAUCCAAUGGCACCACAGGCCCUGGCGAGGCCGCCACAGCAGACUAUACUUCCUAUCAUGUCCACUCUAUGCCACUGCCCCACACACACCACCCCUACAUGGACCAAGAGGGGAGCAGUACAGGUGCUCACUUUGACCAGAACCACAGCUACAUGCCCCCUCAUAUGCCCUUUGUCUACCCUGACCCACAUGGUACUCAGAUACCACCCCCUCCCCACCACGGCAUCCCCCAUCCCCACACAGACUGGUCGCCACACGUUUUACCUCCACACUACCCGUCAUACAUGCUCCCGCCCAGCUAUGGCACGAUGAUGCCCGGGAAUGGGGGCGAGUACAGGGCUGCAGGUGAAGAAAUGCCGAUGCUGGUUGAGAAUCCGCACGAGGCAACAGUGCAGAUGGUCCUGGCCACUCUGAUCCAGGAAAUGAAAAACAUCAUGCAGAGGGACCUGAACCGCAAGAUGGUGGAGAAUGUUGCAUUUGCCACAUUUGAUGAGUGGUGGGACCGGAAGGAGACUAAAGCCAAACCUUUCCAGACGAUGGUUAGGGGGCUGUCUGCCUUACGGGAUGAUGAUAAAAAAGAGGAGAAGGUCAGCCGUCCUCGGGAGCCUCUGAUGUCUCUUGUGGACUGGGCGAAGAGUGGCGGUAUGGAAGGAUUUUCUCUCCGAGGAGCUCUCCGCCUGCCUUCAUUUAAGGUAAAGCGGAAAGAACCUCAGGAAAUGGAAGAAGUAGACAUGAAAAGGCCACGACCCUCAACACCACCAGAUGAGGAUGAUGAAGCUGCAGAACGGAGGCUCCCAGAGGCAGAGAGGCGCAGGGUGCAAAGGGACAACAAGAGGAGGAAAAAGAAACUGAGAAAUCGAAAGCCGUGGGAGCUCGACAGUGAGGGAGAAGAAACAUCUGACGGCUCCUCGACUGAAAAGGACAAGAAUGAAGAGGAAAGUGAAAAGGAGUCUGAUGACGAUGCCUCGAGUAUUGAUAGUGAUGACGAGAGCCUUUCCUCCUCAUCUGAAGGCUCAUCCUCCUCCGAAUCUUCAUCAUCUUCAUCCUCUGAAAAUGAGGAUGAAGAGGAUGGAGAAAGGGUUGAAAGUGAAGGACCGGAGACGGUGGACGAGUCAACAGUGGACAGCACAAUCCUUGACCAGGAGAAGGAUGAUAAGGAAAAUACAGCAGCUGCUGCUCCAAAGACGGCCAUUAAAAUAGGGGAAGACAAGGACACGGCAGACGUAUCUACUCCCAGCAAGCGGCCUCCGUCUCCACCUCGCUCGUCCUCCCCAGUUGUUCUUGUGCCGCCUCUCAAGAAACGCAGGAAGACAGUCUCCUUCUCCACAGAGGAAAAUGACAGCAAAGCACCCCCGCCAACUGUCUCGCAGUCUCCGUCCCCCUCUCAGGUGGUGGGUGACUCUCCCCUUCUUUCUUCCAGCAGACCUCCGGACUCUCCGGUACUUGCUGCCCCAACUCCACCAGCACGUUCCAUUCAGGGCAUUCAGCUCCUCCCCUUCGCCUCCAAGCCAGGCGAAGCCAGUGCACUCAUUGUGCCGCCAUUUGGACGAACACAUGAACCAGAUGAGAACAGAAAGACCCAGGGAGCCUCUGUGUCUCCGCAGACCACCACUGUCAAAUCCCCCAGCAAACGUGGUGCAGUCAAAGACUCCCCCAGAUCUCAUGCCCCUCCGGUUAUGGUUUGCCUCACUGUGCAGAAUUUGCCUUUAGAUCAUGCCUCCAUGUGCAGGAUGGCCUUCGAAGAAGCCCCACCCCCAAUGACCGUAAAACGGGCCCGAGGAAGGCCUCGGACAACUAGUCUGUCCGCUUCCUACCGUCAUUCCCUGAGAGAGGACGACGAGGACGAGAAUGAAAGUGAGCAGAAGUUGAGACUCAGGGAGCAGGUGGGGGCUUCCAGCCUGCUGCAGCUGGCUACAGCGCCGGCUGCAGACCUGUCAGUGCUGGCUGACGUGGCUCUGAAAAUGGACCCUGAGGCCGGGGACUCAGAGGAGACGGAGACGUCAGACGAGGCAGAGGAGCAGAAGAUGGACGAUCUCUUCUCUCCGGAGAUGUUAGCCCUGGUUAUGAGCCCAGAAGGCGUAGUGGUCCUUAUGGAGCAUAACUACUGUAAACCGCCAGUGAUUCCUGUCCCCUCCAGUACAAAAAGGACUUCUGCCAAACAAGACCCUGCCGCUUCACUCCCAGGAGACCUCAACACAAUCUCUGGGGUGCUUGAAGCGCCAGAGGAGGUCAUUGGAGAGAUGCUUCCAUCCAGAGGAGAUACAAGAGAGUAUUUGUCUACAGCGGAUGAGCUGCAUGAGUUGGAUGUUCCUUCAUCAAAGAGGAGUGUUUUUGUGAAGGGUGUUGAACUUGAGAAAGACCAGAACAGAAAGAGAAACAGGUCAGACAAACAGAACCUGGAGGUUCUUUAUGUGAAGAAACAGAAGGAUCAGCCAACCAAGAUGAAGAGGAAGAAGCAGAAGCAGAAACUAGAGGACUCUGACUUAGACGAAGAUGUGGAUGUGGAGGAGUUGGAGUCUGGAGAGCUGUCCAGCUCGGACACCGAGGUGGUUGAAGAAGUGAGGAAGAGCGAACGCCUCUUUCUUCAGGAGGCCGGGGUGACAUCAUCCCAGCGCUGGCCGAAGCCCGAACCAGCACCCGCGCCAGUUCCUGUGAAGUUCGAUAAUCGCACUGAAUUUGAGCAGAUGACCAUCUUGUAUGACAUCUGGAACUCUGGUCUUGAUGGUGAAGACCUGACGUUACUGAGGAAGACAUACGAAAAGCUGCUGCAGGACGACCACAGCUCAGACUGGCUCAACGACACCCACUGGGUCAACCACACGAUCACCAAUUUGCCAAACGCUCGUCGUAAGAGGAAGAAUGCUGACACACAGCUUCGUGAGCAUUUGACUGGCUGUGCCAGGAGCGAGGGUUAUUACGCCAUCAGCCGCAAAGAGAAGGAUGUCUACCUGGACCUGGACCUGCCCGAACAGGUCAUCCGGGAGGUGGAGAAUGUCGACACCACGGGAACCAACCGUCUCCUGUCUGAGAGACGUUCAGAACAGCGCCGCCUCCUCACUGUCAUCGGCACGCCGGCUGUGAUGGACUCUGACCUGCUCAAACUGAACCAGCUGAAGUUCCGCAAAAAGAAGCUUCGUUUUGGACGCAGCAGGAUUCACGAAUGGGGCCUGUUCGCCAUGGAGCCCAUCGCUGCCGACGAGAUGGUCAUUGAGUACGUGGGUCAGAACAUCAGACAGAUGGUGGCUGACAAUCGAGAGAAGCGUUACGCUCAGCAGGGCAUCGGCAGCAGCUAUUUGUUCAGGGUGGACCACGACACCAUCAUCGAUGCCACCAAGUGUGGAAACCUGGCGCGAUUCAUCAACCACUGCUGCACACCAAAUUGCUAUGCCAAGGUGAUCACCAUCGAGUCCCAGAAGAAGAUCGUGAUCUACUCCAAGCAGCCCAUCGCCGUCAACGAGGAGAUCACCUACGACUACAAAUUCCCCCUGGAGGAGAACAAGAUCCCCUGCCUGUGUGGGACCGAGAACUGCCGCGGGACACUCAACUAGCAGACACGCCUCUUCCUGAACUUUGCACCAGGAGUGGACGUGUGUCUCCGGGGAGACAAAGCCAACUUCCUCAAAUCUGCCGUCACUCCUCCGGACGGCUGCAGCGCCUCCUCGCAGAACCCAGGAAACAGACGCACACACUUGCACUUUUCACGCACACUUUUCUCUCACUUGCCGGUUUGUCAAGCCGAGGCUUUGGCUCCGCCCUCGGCUGCUCCUGCUGCAGUAUUCACAGACGUGAUAGGUGGUUUUGACCAAGUCGCUCCAUGCAGCCAUGAAAGGUUUUGGGUUUGUUUUGUUUGUUUGUUUCCCUGAUACAAAUACCCUGAUGAGGGAAGAAGAUGAAAACAUAAAAAAAAUAAAAAUAAUAAUCACUGGUGUCAAAUAUCCCUCUGCACCCGCCCAGCCACGCCCACAGAAACAUUUUAACAUUUUAAGAGCUUUUAAAGGUGACACAUUCACGCAGUUUGGUUUUCAGUUAUUCAACAUGUUCAAGCGACGAUUAUUUGAAGCUUUUUUGUUUUUUUUUAUAAUUUGUUGUGUUCUAUAAUAUUACUGUUUAUAUUAGUUAUUUUAUAGCUGAAAUGAGCUUCAUUUUACCAGAAUCUUCUCCUCUGUGCUUUGUGAUUUAUCCCCACCCCCCAAAAAACCCUCCAUCUUCCCUUUACUGUGUGAUUAACAUUUUUUAAAGAAGGCAAAGUCCGUUCAACUUUUUUUUUCCACCCAGAUGUCAGUCUGUGUAGUGUCUCAUUUUUCGCCUGCACAACGAGAGAAUUUGCCCUUCGCCCGUUCCUUCAGUUGAAACUGUGUCACCACAAAGGUGUUGUUCCAACACUGUGCUCGUUUGGUUGUGUGUUUAGCUGUUUGUUGUGUCCUUGUUUCGUUAAUCGUCCGCCAGCUGUCAUGGAAC